AGUGGACAUCAAAAUGAAGAUCCUUUUCUUGCUGUUUAUAGUUAAUUUUGUGUCAGAAUCAGUCUUUGGACAAUUGAAGAUUGUAACAGGUUCAUCCUUAGAAGACUAUUCUGAUGAAGAAAUCAAUCUGCCUUGUGAUGCCAGUCUUAACAGGAAUGACAUUAAUCUGAUGUGGAUAACAUGGAUUCAGAAUGCUGAGAAGGUUUACGAAUAUGAUGGAUCCAGUGCAAAACGUAUUGUAGAAAUACCAGGAUAUGAUGUUGAUCUUAAGCAAGUACAGCAAGGGGACAUAGCCUUGACAAUAGCAAGGAAUACUUUAACACCUGGAGUAUUUAGAUUUAAAUGUGAAGUAACAGAAGGCUCAGCUGAAGGCAGAGGAGAAACUACACUAACAGUAAGAGCACCUCCAGAUUUGCAUGUUAAUGCAGCAAGAAAUGUCAAUGUCACAAAACUCCCAUAUGACCUGACUUGCAAUAUAUCUAACCUGAGAUGGAACAAGGUGGAAACAAUGACACUUACUUGGAAAGAAAAUGGAAAGGAUCUGUGUUUCUUUGAUGGAUCCAAAAGAAAUAGUCAGUCAGAGAGAUGUCACUGUGACAAGGCUAAUCCAUCAUAUUGCUUACUUAGAUUGAAUGAGAAGAAAUCAAAUGGUGAUUAUAUCUGCAUUGUAACUGAAGGAAAAACUGAAGGAAACGCAACUAUGAAAGUGAAAUUCGAAGGUAUUUUUGAAGAUCCCCAUGUUCCUCUAUGUGUCAUUAUUUCCGUCGUUUGCUUGGCUGCCUAUGCUGUUGCUGCUGGGACUACUGUGUUUUAUUAUAAAAGAUGUUAUGCUGAAGCUACAAAGCCUUCAAUGUAAUUCUUCAAAAAUACAAGGCACUGGAAACCAAAAAAAACUGUUGAAUGUUGUACUUUGACAAAUGGCAUUGGAAAUAAACACGAACACACAAAUAAAAAAAAUUCUUCCAUCCUGAACUGGAUUAAGUGGGCUUGAAGAUGAAUAUAUGAAUUUUUCAGCUCUACAGUAGAAAAUAUGAAACAUUGUUUUGCUUUUUUUGUAAGAACACGUUUAUUAUUGUAGCUUAUAUUCAUGUCAAUAGAAGAUAUUGAGAGCUACUGAAGGUAAAUUAUACUUUAAUCCUGCUGUAUACAGUAUAUACUGUAUCUGAACAAUUAGUGCAGACUGGCUACAUGGCAUAAUAAGCUAAUAAAUGAAACUAACGUUUAAUAUUAACCAGGCCACAGUAGCUAUUAAUCAGUAACCAGUGGGCAAAUCCAGCUGGGAAAUUCCUGCUGACUAUAAGCUAUACAAAUGAUUUUAAAAAGCGCAUAUCUAUCUGCUUACUUAACACCUCACUCUGCAUAGCACUACUGGACUCUGAUUAUUGUUAUUGGCCGUCUGAGCAUUUGUUAAUUACAAUGAACAUUUAUUCUCUCCUUUUAUAGUUUUGAAAACCUUAGUUUCUAUUUAGUUUUUCAUUUUCUUUUUUGUAAACUCUUCUGACUUUGCCACUAUUAUAGUAAAGCACAUUGAGCCACUUUCACAAAUGACAAUGCGCUAUAUGCUGUAUAAAUAAUUAUUGUUGUUGUUACUAAAUGAGACCAGUAUAAAGUAUCCCUGCCGUCCUCCUUCAUUGUAAGGUUUGAUCUAUAAAUUGUAUGUUGAGUGCAUGUGUAUAUACAUACAGUAAGCGUAGUCUUAUAUCAUUCACAUGCUGGGGUACGGUCUGGAAGAAUAAGAGAGCAAAAAAGAUAUUCUCACUGAGGGAAUGCAUCUCACAUUUCCUCAGUCUUUCUUUUUAAAUUAGGAUUAUUGCGAAUUGGGAAAUCUAAGCUGACUGGGGGCGAGUGAAUGUACCCUGAGGUGAUUUAGUGUCACAUCGACUUCUGAGUCUUGCCUUAUGCCUCAUGCUGCCUG